CCAGCUGACCUCAGCCUCUUACCAAAGUUCAGGUGCCUUUGAGCGACUCCUCAGCAUGUUGCCCUGCAGGAGACAGGUCGCCGACGUCCAGGCGAGGGGCUGGCCGCCCGCUUCCUUGGCUCUCCUCCUCUUCCUCCUGCUGCUCCUCUCCUCCUCCUGCAGCUUCAGCAGCGCACACAGCACCACGGUGGAGCACGACUUCCACAUCGUUCACAACGUCGACAACAGAAGUCCGGAGAUAGACCCCUUCUGGUACGUGGGCCGCGGCGUGAGACCCAUCGGCCGCUUCGGGAAGCGGCACAGCGGCGCCGGGAUGCGGCCCGUCGUCAGGACGCUGGAGCUGCUCCUCAACAGUCUGCGGAAGAAGGAGAACCUGGACGCGGUGCUGCGCGGGGAGGAUAGAGACUGGUUACCAUGACAACAUGCAAACUCCUGAACAGGACGGAUUCGUGUACAUACAAAAAUGCCGUUUGUAUCGAUGAAUAAA